CUGAGACAGACCCGGACCUCUCCGAAAACCAUCCCGGCUCCGUCCCGGCGGAGCUGCAGUCCAGGAAGCAGGAACAGGAGAAGCUGUCCGGGGUGGUGAAGAGCGUGCACCGAAAACUCCGCAGGAAAUACAUUGAAGGGCUGUAUUUGUGGACAAGCCCGAAGAUGUGAUAAUGAUUGGCCAUUAAGGUUCCACCUUGUCUCCAACAAGACCCUGGACUUUCUAUACCCUGGGAGAUUUCGAUAAAAUAUGGCGUGAGCAUUGUGAAGAUGAGCAGACUCUUAGUGAAUAUGCCAUGGCCAUGAAGAAUCUUGCUGACAACCACUGGGCCAAUAAAUGCGAGGGAGAGGGACGCAUUGAGUGGUGCCGCAGUGUUUGUCAGGAGUAUUUCCAGGAUGGAGGGAUGAGGCGAGUCUUGGAGAAAGAUGAGAAGAGUGCUAGGCAUGCCACAGCUGGGAAUGCAAACACCGAUACAAAUGCUCCACCGCAGCUGUCCUCUAUAAGUACCAGCUCAACAUUCCAGCUUGGGAGGAUCCGACUCUUGGAUGUGGGCAGCUGUUUCAAUCCUUUCCUAAAGUUUGAUGAGUUUCUGACUGUCGGUAUUGACAUUGUGCCAGCAGUAGAGAGUGUCUACAAAUGUGACUUUCUCAACCUGCAGCUGCAGCAGCCUCUGCAGCUGGCCAGCGAUGCCUUGGAUGCUUUCUUGCGGCAGUUACGAGGCCCAAUUGAUGCUUUACCUGCCGAGUUAUUUCAUGUAGUAGUCUUCUCUCUUCUUCUCUCCUACUUUCCUUCCCCCUACCAGCGCUGGCUCUGCUGCAAGAAAGCACAUGAACUCCUGACCCUGAACGGCCUGCUCCUCAUCAUCACCCCUGAUUCCUCUCACCAGGGCCGGCACGCGCUUAUGAUGCGCAGCUGGCGAGUUGCAGUGGAGUCUCUGGGAUUCAAGCGCUAUAAGUACGUCAAAUUCUCCCACAUGCACCUGAUCGCUUUCCGCAAGGUAUCCCCCACCACCAGUAGCGACCUUGUGAGCCGCAACUACCCGGAGAUGCUUUACAUCCCACAGGACUUUAACACUUUCGACGAGGACGGAUUCGCAGAUUGCUACGAGCCUCCGCGAUCAGAUUUUGAAGAUGAUCAGAUGGCGUGUAGCUUCGCGGAACUGCCGGAAACUCCGUACGAUUCAGACUCAAGUGAGAGCCAGAGUAGCUCGGCGCCUUUCUACGAGCUGGAAGACCCUAUAUUGCUGCAGAGCUGAACUUGUUUACUAGCCCCCUCUUGGUAUUUAGUACCUUACCGUUGUGCUGCCAAAAUUGCUCCGCUGCGUUUUUUGUCUACUCGACCCCCUUUUUAAGCAGCGAAAAGUUUGCACAGAGUGAAUGAGAACGUUUAGGUGGGCGUGGAUUUUUAAGAGCGUGCAAGACAUCCUUUUGAACACAAAUAUACACACUAAACAAUCUUACGGUUACUACGAAAUUUAAGUGAUGUGGUUUUGUAUUGGAAAAACAGCUGUGUGAUACCAGGUCGAGGACAGUUUUCAUUCAAAAUGAGUGUUUAUUGGACAAAUGUUUGUGAAUUAGCAAAAAUGACACCUUAGGCGUAGUUUAUAGUCGAGUUUUAAGAGAUCCAACCGUUUGACCGAAGUUACUAUGAUACUUUGUGUUGGUCUUUUUCAACGGAAUUUCUUGAAUAGGCAAGUUCAACCAAAAAUUUACUCUGUCCAUUUAAUGGAAGUAUGUGGGGUCCAAAAUAGGGUUGUUUUGAUUGACAAAUUGUUACAUUUUUGCUUGAACGUGUCCUUUAAAGGUUUGAUUCUUGAGACAUUUUGAACGAUGAUUUCAGCCAUUCAUUCGAUCUGAUUAUUUUUAGAAUAGCCAGCCUUAUGAAAUUUGUAGCAUUUUACGUAUCUGCAGAACUUGUGAGUGUUUGGUUAUGUGACGUUGUAAAUGUGAAUGUGGAUUUCUUGCUUCAAAAGGUACAAAUCAUGCGAACUUGUCCUAGUUUUUGCAGAACAAACAAUCUUACAGGUGACCAGAUUGGAUGCAUGCAAUGUGGAAACAUGUUUCUAGUCUUGCGAUCAAAUGACCUGCGAGUAGCUUUGUUUUCAUUUAAACCGCUGUAAUAACCAAUACUAUCCAAGUACUUGUCCGUAGUAUGUAGUAUGGUGCAGGUUUGAUUUCUCUGCAUUUUGCCAUAAUGUGACUUUGAGUAGGAUGAUUGUUUACUAUUGACUGUUUACUCUCGAAUCCUUCAGUUGCUAAUUCUACUUCCUGUAUCAUCGUCUUCUGUAUAUCUGACAUUGAGUUCUUCGGUAUCAAAUUUUUUGCUUUUUUGCGUAUACAAUUACAAUGCAUAACUUUUAAGGUACAAGUAAAAAAAGUACUGUCAAAUGUUGACUUGAAGUACUAUCAAAAGAUUGUUUCAUAUCACCAUUUUUAUCUCAGAAUUUGCAACUUUUUUUACUCACUCCAAGUUCUUAAAAACACUAUAUUAAAGGGAUCACUCACCCAAAAGUGAAAAUUUGUAGUUAAUUUAAUUUACUCAUACUCGGGUCAUUCAAGAUUAUAUUUGUAUUUCAGUUGAAAUAAAAGGAACCCCUUUUUUUCUUUUUUUUUCUUUUUGCAAAUAGGCUUAUUUUACAACUUUCCUAGAGUUAAACAAUUUAGUUUUACCAACAAUUGAGUUUUACAAUUAUUGAAUCCAUUCAGCUGAUAUACAGGUCUGGUGGGAGCACUUUUAGUUUAGCUUAGCUUAACUUAGCUUAGCUUAGCAUAAGUUAUUGAAUCAGAUUAGACCAUGAGCAUCUCGCUCCAAAAAUUCACAAAUAGAGUUGAUUAUUUCUCUUCUUAUGUAGUUCCAUUAUGUACUAAGAUCAUGAAAUGUUGCUGUUUUCCAUGUCAAUAUGGCUUGGAAAUAAAUUCUUAUUGUGUCUUGAUUAUUACACCUGAAUGAGUUUCUAGCCAUUUCCAAAAAAAUGUGGAGUGUUCCUUUAAAGAAAAGGAAAAUGUAUCUGUAACUGUGGUCGAGAAAUGCAAGUCGACGCCUACUGGUGCUUUUUAGUGUCAAAAAAUGCAUGUAGGAAUAAAUAAAUGAGUGAGGUUUUAUGAAACUAAACAAUGGACUUGAGCAAGAUACUGCACAUUAUUUACACAGUAGUUAACUUUAAUUCACAGUCUUGGCAAAGGGUCCUGUGGUGCUCAAACAUCACACAUUCACUUUAUAAAACUUCAGUGUAUUCAUUUUAUUUAGCUUGAAUGUUUUUUUUUUUGUUUUUUUGUGUGAAAGUAGUCAAUGACUUGCAUUUUUGAAUCUCCAAGGACCACAGUUUCAGCUAAAGACCUUUUUUAUGCCCUACUAAAGGAAAAAAUCUAAUGAACUAUACAGUACAUCUUGGAUGACAUGAGGUUGAGUAAAUUAACUGUAAUUUUCAUUGAUCUGAACUAUCCUUUUAAUAGUCCAAGCACAUAUUUGCACAUUUGAAAUGAGGUAUGUAAAAUAUCAAUAUUGGCAUCAGCAUUUCAUUAGAAAAGCAAUAUAUUCAUUAUCAAAAUUCCCCAUAUUGCUGUAAAAUAACCGUUUCAUGGAGUAACUGAUUUUAGGAAAUGUUUUGUAUUGUAUUAAUAUGGUUACCGAUUGGUAAGCCUGAGAAUAUGCUGCGAUGGGUCUUUUACACCUGAAGGAUUGUGUGAGACGUAGAUUAAGGGUUUGUUGAAGUAGGCGUCAGGCACUUUAAAUGUGUUGUAGGGGUGCCAAAAACAAGUACAAAGAUUUGAAAUGGUGUAAGAAGCUUUCAGGGUAUUGAAAAAAAUCCUCUUUAAGGUGCCUUCAAACUCUAAUUGUAUUUUUGCAUUUGUGAUUAUAUGAAAUGGAUGCUAGAACAGGCGACUGGAAGUAAAAGCUCAUUUCUCUCCCACAAUAAACUGUUCGAUUACAAUUUUCCAGCAAAUUAACUAGCUCUUGGCUGAAUCACUAAAAAAUACUGCCCUGUCAGCAAUAGCAUUUAAAGGUAUACUUCAGUCUGCACUUGAUUUAUAAAUCUUAGAAAAAAGAUGUUUUAAAACAAUAAAAAUGGAAGGAAAAAAGCUUUGUAUUAUACUGUUUACUCAGUGGUGUAUUCAAACAUUUGCAUAUCAAAUGUCUUUGUCUUCCCGCAGGCUCUAAUCUAACAUUUGCAUGAUUGAUUUUCUUAUCAGUGUUAUGAUGGUUGACGACUCCCACAUGGCCGAGCUGUUUGUGUGAACUAUUGUCAUUCAUCUUUUAUAAAUAAAAGUUUUUGUUGCCUUCUU